UGUUGAUUUUAAGUGUAAUAUUGUUGUUCAUUACAAAAACAGAAUUAGAACUAUUACCUUUUUCUACAGAGAAAAUAAAUAUGCGUAUAUCGCUCUCUCAAUGUGUUGUGUCUGCAACAAAUAGUUUUCUUAUAGAUAACUAUCAAACUGUCUACUAUUCUCUACCGUUAGUCGACACUAAUGAUAUAGUUAGUUUAGAAACAUACGCAUUGCCAAGUUUACAUGCGUUGCAAAAUGUUACAUUACUAAUAAAAAGUUUUGAAUCUCAUACCAAAGGACUCAAAGAUAAAACUAUAUUCAAAAAUUUCAUUUUACACUUCAGAACCCGAGUUCAUUUGCACCAGCAGCUAGACAGUUUGAAAAAAAGAAAAUUGUUCAACCCUCAUGCCAAAUUUCUCUUAGUUUCAUCCACGAUAUUUAAAGAUCCAGCAGAUCUCGCACUCUAUGUUUCCAAAUAUAUGUUUUAUGAGAACGUUGUGCAUUCUGUGAUAAUGACUGUUGAUCCAAGAGAAUUGACAACUUUUCAUGUGUAUAGUUGGGGUCCCUAUAAAAGUGGACAAUGUGGUGACAAUUUUCAAGUUGCAGCGAAAGCCGUUGAUUCGUGCUCAUUUGGAAAGUACAAGUAUGAGAUUAAUUGGUUUGAACACAGAAUACCUAAAACAUUUAAUAAGUGUCCGGUUAGAGUCAAGUAUGCUCAUGCUCCUCCUUUAAUAUACCAGGAAGAAAACCAGUUAAAAGGUUUAGAAAUUGAGCUAUUGUCAGUAAUAGCUCAUCAAUUAAGCUUAACUAUGGUAUACGAAGAAACCUCGGUUGAUGAAAUAGGCCACGUUAAUUCUGACGGAGAAGUGAUGGGCGCUUUUAAAAAUUUAGAGAACAAAACGGCUGAUAUUAUCAUUGGUGGAUAUCCCAAAGAGUAUUUGUGGAGUAUACUUUUUGAUGCAAGCCAUUCCUACACUCAAGAUGCAGUUAUUUGGUGUGCUCCAAGUGUACCACUGUUGGAUGAUUUUCAAAAUUUAUUUGAACUAAUGGAAAUCAGAUGCAUAUUUUUAAUGGCGUUGGCUCACUUAUUGCUUUCAUUAUCUAUCUGGUGGUCCAGUUUAAACUACAGCGAAGAACACCACAUUUACAAGAAUUUUGUAAAUACUUUUGUGCAUAGCUUUGCGUUUUUCCUUGGCAGUGCCAUGCCCGUAGCUGCAAGAACUCAUAAAGUUAGAUAUUUCUUGCUGCUCUUUAUCUUUUUUGGAUUUUUCUCUGUUGUGACGCUCAACACUCAUCUGAUAAGUUUUAGUUCAAGAACCUAUUUCCAGCCAAAGUAUUCUAAAGUCGAGGAUAUAUACGACAAUAAUUUAAAAGCUUACAGUUUUGCCCAAGAAAAACUUUUUGCAAACCUCAUCGACGAUCAAACUUUUGUUAAAAUGAAACCUAGAAUAAAAACUUGUGUUGACUUGAAGAUGUGUCUUAAGUAUGUAAGUGUAGACCAAGAUUCUGCCCUAUGCACUACCAAUUUUUAUAAAAAUUAUAUUAUCAAGAAUGGUACUAUCAAGAAUAUUUACUGUCUAAAUAAGGAGAGACUUCCUUUUUCCGUAAAUUUUAUAAUGAGGAAAGGUUUUCCACUAUAUGAAAUAAUCAAUGACUUAUUAGUUCAAAUAAUAAGUAGUGGUUUUAUUGCUAAAUGGGAAAAUGAUAUUCACAAGUAUGCACAUAGCAUUGACACUACUGCAACUGCUACAUUAAAGAACAUCAUACCUCUGUUUCAGUUAUGUGGAAUUAUAUGGGCGGUAGCUUUUUUAAUCUUUCUGGUGGAACUUUACGUAGGUCAUCGUAGAAGUAUGUUACGAUGAUUUCAUAAGUUUUAUAAAGUAUAAUAAUAAACGUUAUUUUUAGAGUGGUUCUCUGUUCUACAGUACUUUUAACUGUUCUUCACUCUUUAUUUUAGAUACUCUACCCGUCUAUGCGCGUCUUAUGGAUCCUUGGAGCUCAGUGUUGCCGGUUUUAUUAUUUUUAAGUAACUCAUAGAUACUGUGAAAUGUAUUUAUAGGAUAUUAACCAUAUAGCAUUUGAAUAUUAUAAUUAGCCUGUGAUUAAUAUUUAACUAAAUAUCCAUUUUCUAAUUUUCUUGACGGCAGUGAAAGUAAACUGUAAAAAAAUUUAAUUGA